AUGGCGGAUCGAUUUUUCCCGAACGAAAUGCUAGACUUUGUGGCAGAGGCAGCAGCAGACGAGGCAGCCUCUGUAAGGCCCAAAGACUCACUCACAAAGCUCCUCUCCCUUCCUUACGAAACACUCUCAGACAUGCUCAAGAGCUCGGCUUUGGACCUCAAAGAAACGGUGGUGAGGCAGACAUGGGGAUUAAGUGGAAAACGUGUGGAAGAUUAUACUUUGUACACAGGGGUUCUUGGGACUGCCUUCUUGGCCUUUAAAGCCUACCAAGUCACCAAGAAUGAAAAUGAUCUUAAAUUGUGCUCUGAAAUAGUUAAAGCCUGCGAUUCUGCUUCCAGAGGAUCUGGGCGUGUGUCAUUCACAUGUGGGCGGGCUGGCGUUUGCGCCCUUGGUGCUGUCGUGGCAAAGCAUGCCGGUGAUCAAAUGUUACUUGACCGCUACUUAUCACAAUUUAAAGAGAUCAAGCUGCCAAGUGAUCUUCCAAAUGAGUUAUUAUAUGGUAGAGCUGGGUUCUUAUGGGCCUGUUCAUUCUUAAACAAGCAUAUAGGAAACGGGACAAUUUCUACUACACGCAUGAGAUCAGUUGUGGAUGAAAUUAUAAAGGCUGGUAGACAAUUGGCUAAGAAGGGACGAAGCUCAUUGAUGUAUGAAUGGCAUGGGAAGAAAUACUGGGGUGCUGCCCAUGGACUGGCAGGGAUUAUGCAUGUUUUGAUGAGCAUGCAACUCAAACCUGAUGAGGUGGAGGAUGUUAAGGGUACUCUCCAUUACAUGAUUAAGAAUCGUUUUCCCAGCGGCAACUUUCCUUCAAGUGAAGGAACUGAAUCAGACCGUCUUGUGCACUGGUGCCAUGGUGCUCCUGGAGUUGCUCUUACACUUGUGAGAGCAGCUGAGGUUUUUGGAGACAAGGAGUUUCUGCAAGCUGCCAUAGAUGCAGGGGAGGUGGUGUGGAACCGGGGUCUGCUAAAGCGAGUUGGCAUUUGUCAUGGCAUCAGUGGGAACACUUAUGUGUUUCUUUCACUCUACCGAUUAACGGGUAAGGUGGAAUACUUGUACAGAGCCAAAGCAUUUGCUUGCUUUCUACAUGAUAGAGCGCUAAAUCUCAUAUCAGAGGGGACGAUGCAUGGAGGAGAUCGGCCCUAUUCCCUAUUUGAAGGUGUUGGAGGAAUGGCUCAUCUCCUUUUGGACAUGACUGAACCAUCUGAAGCGCUGUUUCCUGCUUAUGAACUUUAA